AUGAUUGAGCAUGCCGAUGUAGAUCUGUGCUUGUUGGCGCCACCUGACGAUGACGAGGCUGAGCGGAAGGCACAGAGGGCUUCAAAGCAGGAUCCAGUGGAGCACCUUGAGCAGUGGCGUGUGAUUUGCAUCGACUUUCACAGAUUCCGAGCCAAGUGUCCUGACAAGUGCAAGGAGCUGAUACGCCAAGGGAUUCCUGAGUUUCUUCGGGGCUCGGUCUGGCAGAAAUUAGCUCUCUCCCGGGAGCUGUUGCACAAGCACCCCAAGGACAUCUAUGAGCAGAUGCGGCGGGUGGAUUCAGCCCCUUGUGAAGGAGAUAUCGUCCGCGAUAUCAACAGGACCUUCCCCAAGCACGUUCUGUAUAGAGAUAAGCAAGGCCUGGGCCAACAACAACUGCUGAAUGUGCUUCGCGCCUAUUCCAUCUUCAACGCAGAGGUUGGCUAUUGUCAAGGCAUGGGAUUCAUUUGCGGCGUUCUGCUCAUGUACAUGGGUGAAGACGACGCCUUCUUAAUGUUGAUCUCGCUGCUGGAAAAUUACCGCAUGGCUGGACUAUUCAUGCCCAACUUGCCGCUCCUGAACAAGUACUUCUUCCAGCUCCAAAGGCUACUCGAGAUGAAUUUGCCGCACCUGCAUGAGCAUCUAGCAGAACAAGGUGUUGAGCCCACCAUGUACGCGUCUCAAUGGUUUAUGACAGUUUGUAUCUACAAUUUCCCCUUUUCCACCGUGGUGCGGGUCUGGGACAUCUUCCUUGCAGAAGGGGUCAAGAUCAUCUUCCGCAUUGCCCUGGCCCUCUUGAAGCUGAAUCAAGAGGCACUGUUGAACCAAUCCUUUGAGCAGAUUCUGCAGACCCUGAAGCAGGCUCCCAGCGCGGUGGAGUCAGAGACGCUCAUCAAGACAGCACUAAACAUCAAGCUGAAAAACAAAACAUUGAAGGACAUUGAGUCAGAAUGGCUUUCGCAAAUGACCACCGGUCUUUGA